UGUGUUAGUCUGAUUCACGACUUUACCGAGAUGAGAAGUAAGGGCAAGCUGAACAUCGCCUUCGAGGGGGACGAGGGUGUGGAGGCGCAGCGCUACGAACUCAAAGAACACACUGAGUUGCCAGCACAGCCCUCGGAGCCGCCGCCAUCGCUGCCAGACCCUGCCACGGACAAACCCAAGACACCGCAGGCCACAACCAAGGAGCAAAAAGCCGCAAAUGACACCAAAAACAAUGCAGCCACGCGGGGGAAGUGGAAGAACAAUACUGAGUUCCUGCUGUCGUGCAUCUCUAUGGCCAUCGGCUUUGGUAACAUCUGGAGGUUCCCGUUCGUGGCUCUGGAGAACGGCGGCGGCGCGUUCCUCAUCCCUUACCUGAUCGUGCUGCUGUUCAUUGGCAGGCCGAUGUACUACCUGGAGCUCAUCCUGGGACAGUUCUCAUCCCGUGGCCCCAGUGAGGUGUGGGAGAUGCUGCCCGCGUUCAAAGGUAUUGGCUACGGUCAGCUGCUCAUCAACUGGUUCGUGUCCACCUACUACGCCUCGCUGAUGGCCUUCUGCAUUUUCUUCUUCUUCGCCUCCUUCAACCAAGAGCUGCCGUGGGCGUCGUGCGGGCUGUGGGCGAGCGAGGCGUGCAUGGAUGCCGCGACCAACGUGACCAUGCUGCAGGGAGGCACGUCUGCCGCGGAGGAGUACUUGAUGAAGCAGGUUCUAAAAGUGGACUUCGAGGGGUUUCGCAGCGGCCUCGGUCUCCCGGACAUCCGCCUAAGCAUGUGUCUGGUGGCGUCCUGGGCGGUGGUGUUCAUGGUCCAGAUACGCGGCAUCAAGACCUCGGGGAAGGCCGCCUACUUCACUGCCAUCGUGCCCUACGUGCUGCUGCUGGCGCUGCUCAUAAGGGGCGUCACACUUCCGGGCUCAACUAACGGCAUCAUGUACUUCCUGACGCCGAGAUGGGAGAAGUUACUGGAUAUACAGGUGUGGCUGGCGGCCGUGACCCAGGCGCUGUUCAGCCUGGUCAUCGGUUUCGGCUCGGUGAUCACGAUGGCCUCCUACAACGACUUCAGGAACAACACCUACGUGGACGCCGCCUUCAUCUCCGUGGUGGACACCGUGACCUCCUUCCUCUCCGGCGUCACCACCUUCGCCAUCCUGGGCCACCUGGCGGUCCUGAUGGGCGUGGACCUUCCCGACGUGGUGCAAGGGGGUGGUACGUCCCUUGCCUUCGUCAGCUACCCCGAUGCCCUGGCGAGGUUCCCGUGGCUGCCGCAGAUGUUCUCCGCGCUGUUCUUCUUCAUGAUGUUCACACUGGGGUUGGGCAGCAUGGUUGCGGUGAACAGCGUGCUCAUCACCGCCUUCAAGGACAACUUCCCGCAGCUUCCGACGUGGACGGUGAGCCUGUCCGUGUGUCUGCUGGGCAUGUUCCCGGGACUCGUCUACACCACGCCGCAGGGACAGCACGUGCUAACCCUGGUCAACCACUACAGCGCCAACCUGUCCAUCCUGCUGCUGGUGACGCUGGAGGUGGCGGGCGUGGCCUGGGUGUACGGGCUGCGCCGCCUCGCUGCCGACAUACACUUCAUGCUGGGCCGCUCCACGGGGGUGCUGUGGAAGGCGAGCUGGCUGCUGCUCAACCCGCUGUUCCUCGCCGGCGUCCUCGUGUACAGCCAGACGCAGGCCACCGUGCUCUCCUACGGCGACUACGUCUUCGGCACCACGGAAACGGCGGUGGGCGUGGUGAUGUCCGUGGCGCCGGUGCUGCUGGUGCCCGUGCUGUUCCUGGUGGAGGUGGUCCGCAGGUACAGGGCGUCGGGGCAGCUGAUGCACGCCCUCACCAACGCCUUCGCCGCCUCCGACAAGUGGGGGCCGAGGGACGCGAAAAUCAGGCAGGAAUACGACAUCUACCUGGAAGACACGCUGGGGGCGAGGCGCUGACCGUGACCCCGGAGACCAUCGGCUGCAGGUCGGCCGCCAAACACAUGUAUAGGCCUUGUAUAGUCUGACUCAGGCCGUAUUCUUAAGCAUUUCGGCCCCCAGGCACACUCAUUUGUCACGGUUUUCAUAGGAGUUGUGGGCAUUUCAAGGGGUAGCGUUAUUAUGGCCCUGGUGGUAGUCUGACUCUUCCUCUGUGCCGUGAACCUAAAAUACCACUCAUGAGAACCCGACUGAUUUCCUUUUUGGCCCUUGAAAAUAGCUAAUGUGAGAGUCUGAAGCGUCGGAGAAUACGGACCUCAAAUAUGAAGCCCGUUUGGGUGGGGUCCCGCGCCUCCCCCCAGCGUUGCCACAUCACCAACCCCCAAUACGUCACUCACUCAGACGUCAGAUAUUCACUAUUAAAAGUUGUGUGUUAAAUAUUCUGUAUAUAUCAAAUAAGGCUAAAUAGUGCUUUGAAUGUGUUGCGGUUCAGGAUAAUAGCAAUGAACUGAAUAAAUUCCUUAACACAUGUCAACGUUGCUCUUCCAAUGUUGCCAGUGAACAGUGAUCAACAACACCAUUGGUUACGUUCUUAAACAUUUCCGCGCCCAAACACACAUAUUUGACAAGGCUUUCAUAGGAAUUUUGGACAUAUUCAGGGGUAGUUUUAUGACCCUGGUGGCAGUGUGACCCUUCUUCUGUACCGUGAACCUGAAAAACACUAAUGAGAACCCGACUGAUCUCCUUUUCUGCAUUUGGAAAUAGUUGAUGUGAGGGAUGGAAGCGUCUGGCAUCACCGACCUGUGUUUCCACCUUCAAGGGUAGGUUUGGCAGCGCUGUGGCGAGGAUACACCCGCGCGUCACUCCCCCCAAACGAACUUCAUAGCUGAGUCAGACUUCAGUAUUUUUGCACCACUGAGUCUUUGUAUGUCUCGUAUUCUAUUGCAUUCUAACGUAGAUUUUCCUGUAAUUUUUGUAUACAUUUGACACCUAUUUUUACAGCAAUGAAUCUUUGUAUGUCUCGUAUCUUAUUACAUUCUAACGUAGAUUUCCCUGUAAUUUUUGUAUACAUUUGACACCUAUUUUUACAGCAAUGAAUUUUUGUAUGUCUCGUAUUUUAUUACAUUCUAACGUAGAUUUUUCGUAAUGUCCGUAUAGUUUUAACACCUUUUGUUUGCACCGUUGAGUUAGCUUUAUAAGUCUCGUAUAUCAUUACAUUCUAACAUCGAUUUCCUGUAAUUUCUGCAUUGACUUGACAACUAUUUUUGCACGAUUGAGUCACAUUUAUGUCUCGUAUUUUAUUAUAUUCUAACAUCGAU